AUUUGUUACUUGUCACAUAAACCCCAUAAUUGACGUUGGUUAGAGAUAGUAUAUUCUUCAGAGGAUCAUGUUACGGUCACCAAUUAGAUUCGGUGAAAUUCGGACUUCGUCUAGUACCGAUCACACCGAGAUCCUUGAUGUUACCCCGUGCGUGAUCUGCUAUACCCAACUUGAGGUAGGAUGCGACCUACAUAACUACUAUCAUGUUUUUAAUAAUUAUCUACUUUUUCUGUUAUAUUAUGAUGUGUGAUCGUUACUCACCAUGGCACCGUUAAACAUAGCCAUAAUAGGGGCUGGGGUAGGUGGACCGGCAGCAGCAAUCGGUCUUGCGCGUAACGGUCACAAUGUGACUCUCUAUGAAAGAGACGCUUCGAUAGGAGGCAUAGGCUUUGCCUUCCGCAUUACGCCCAACUCUGAACGAUGUCUCAAAUUUAUGGGUAUCGAUGCCUUAGCUAGUGGAGCCGUGGUAGCCGAUUUAGUGCGGAUGAUGAAUAGCAAAGGCGAGGUAAUGAAAGAGUUCCGAGAGAACCAGGAUCCGAAGGUGGCUGAGAAGGGGAUGUCUCUCUUUGCUUACAGACCUGCUAUCCAGAAACAACUUAUCGACGAGGCCGAGCGUAAUGGUGCUCAUAUAAAAAUGGGAGUUGAGGUGGUAUCAGUCGAUGUUUCUCGAUGCGCGAUCAACUUCACCGACGGGUCCACGUCUAUCGUGGACCUAAUUAUCGGCGCAGAUGGCGUACAUUCCCGUGUCAGGCCACAAGUUAUCGAUAGUAGCGUACACUUCCCCAGAGCGUCGACAAGGCAUAACUGCCUAAGAGCUGUAAUUCCAAUUGAAGCUAUCAAGAACGAUCCUAUCACUUCGAAUAUGGUGAAUGAUGAACUCCGCAUGGCUGCAUGGCGCGACAAUAAGCAGUUGAUUAUCGGUUAUGUCGUGGACGAAGGUAGAUUACUCAACAUAGUUUGUAUCCACCCCGAAGAAUUGUCGGAUCGGCAAGCUUCUUCAGGCAAUGAUGGUGAAAAGACAUCGUAUAACCAGAAGAUCUCGUUGGAAACCGCACGAGAUAUAUACAAGGAUUUCGAUAGAGUCGUGGUGCGUUUACUCGAACUUGCUGAUCCCGGUGGCUUCCGAGUCUGGAAGCUUAUGGACAUGGGCGACAUUCCUCGUUGGAGCGCGGGCCGCGUAGUGAUUAUAGGGGAUGCGUGUCACCCAGUGUUACCAUUUGGGUUCUCAGGGGCGUCAAUGUCAAUCGAAGACGCCGCGACUUUGGCUGUAUUAUUCCCAUCCGACAUUAGCUUGGCACAAGUGGAAGACAGGCUGCAGCUCUAUGAGCAUAUAAGGAGGCCGAGAGUGACGAAAAUAAGGGAUUAUAGUCGGAUAAUACCUUUCGAAUUGAAGGCCCAGGCGGGUUUGAAGGAUUUUAGGCAGUAUUUGGAUACCUAUGACGCCGUGGCGUAUGCGAAACAGGAAUUAGAGAAGUACCAAGAUUCGCUACCUAGUUAAAAUUCGUUGGUAUUUAGUCUUGAAAAAGAAGACAAUCUAACUCAUAGAAUCUCUUGUGAUCGCGUAGGCCUGCGAUGUAUAAUGUUUACUCUUAUGAGAGGAUGAUUUUGGUUUGGUAGGGCUGUAUUUUCUCCCUUUGUCAUCAUAGUCCUGGGGGGGAUUUCCGCGGGUUACUGACAUACAACAUCCCGGACCAUUGGUAUUCGAGAACUGCGUUACUUAAUAUUCGUU